CGAGAAAGAGAGAGAAAGGGACAGAGAGAAACGAUCGCGGCGCCUCUGGUUGAUACUGCUCUAACUAAAGUAAAAAAGUGGAAUGAUUCUUUGAUGAUGGAUGCUUCCACCUUAUUGAAGAGUUCUUUGAUUUGGCUUAGAGACGCCGGAAUGUUCUAUGAGUUCUAAGAAGGAUGAUUCGAUUACAUCUUUUCAAGGAAUGAUCAUCAGUAAUUUCGAUUUACCGUGUUACGUGGCGUAUUGAAAUUGGAUUGAAAAAAUAAAAGAAAAAAGGAAAACGUAAUUACGUUGCAUUUUCGAAUGGGGAAGAUAUUGUUGUUCUUUAUAUAAUCCAAUUUAUCUGAAGUACAAACUACUUUAAUUUUUUCCUUUUUUUUAAUACAAAAUGGCAUUGCCACCGAAUUAUAAGCAAGUAGCAAUGGCUACGUCAAAUGUUGUUGCGUCCAAUCAGCGUAUCAGAGCAUCUGGUGGAAGUAGCAGUAGUUCGAAUACCAGUAAGGAUACGCAAAGUCCUUUUAUACAAACUCCUCAUAGUCAUCCAGGAUUCACGCCUCAAAAAGUAGGAAAAAAUACAAAUGCAGAUUCACGAAUGCCAAAACCGCCCAAACCACCUGAAAAACCUCUUAUGCCGUAUAUGAGAUAUAGCAGGAAAGUAUGGGAUCAAGUAAAAGCUCAAAAUCCUGAAUUAAAACUUUGGGAAAUAGGUAAAAUUAUAGGUCAAAUGUGGAGAGAUUUGCCAGAAGAAGAUAAAACUGAAUUUAUAGAGGAAUACGAAGCUGAAAAAGUAGAAUAUGAAAAAAGCUUAAAGACUUAUCAUAAUUCUCCAGCAUAUUUGGCUUACAUUGCUGCUAAGAACAGAGGAAAGUCAGCGUUAUGUGCUGCUCAACAAAAUAAUGAUGAUCGAGAAAGUCAUGAACGUUCUUCUGGUAGUAGUAAAAGUCAAGCUGCACAAGAUAGAAGGAUUGAUAUUUUACCUGCGGAAGAUGACGAUGAUCAAGAUGAUGGAUAUUCUGUAAAACAUGUGGCAUAUUCUCGCUAUACAAGAAAUCAUCGCCUUAUUAAUGAAAUCUUCAGUGAUACUGUUGUUCCUGAUGUCCGUUCUGUUGUUACGACUCAAAGAAUGCAAGUCCUACGCCGUCAAGUACAAUCUUUAACUAUGCAUCAGAAAAAACUGGAAGCAGAAUUGCAACAAAUAGAAGAAAAAUUUGAAGCAAAGAAAAGAAAAUUUAUUGAAACAAGUGAAAUAUUUCAAGAAGAAUUGAAAAAACAUUGUAAACCAGCAGUAGAUGAAGAAACAUUUAAUAAAAUGGUAGAACGACAAUAUGAAGUACUUAGAAGAGAAAGAUUAAGAGGAUCGGAAGAAAAUCGAUCUGAUGGUCCUGCAUCAAAUGAAUCUACACCAAAUUCUACUCCUACUCCAACUCCAGCUUCUCUUAAUGAUGAACCGCCGUCUGAGGCUACUGAAAAUGAUACAAUCGAUAAAAAGACCAAUGGUUUUGAGAAAUCUAAUAAUGAAAUAAAGAAAGAAAACUCAUCGCCUCCAUACGUUGAGACAAAAUCAGAAUCUCCUACUGUACAAGGAAAUCAGUCGAUGAAUCAACAUGGAUCUAAUUCUAGUAUGUAUUGUGUAUCUGUUACUCCAAUUCAACAACAAUCACCACAACAACAACAGCAGCAACAACCAACGCCACCACCGUCAAUAUCAUUGAUACCACAACAACAGCAACAACACCAACAGCAGCAGCAGCAACAAUCAGCACCAUUGCCACCAUCAAUAUCGCUGGUACCAACACAACAGCAGCCACAGCAACACCAUCAACAGCAGCCACAGCAACAUCAUCAACAACAGCAUCAACAACAGCAUCAACAACAACAACAUCAACAACAUCAACAACUACAUCAACAACAGCAUCAUCAACAGCAGCAGCAACAGCAGCAACAGCAACAACAACAACAACAACAGCAACAGCAACAACACCAACAACCUGCUCAGUCUCAUCAACAAUCACCACCACAGUCGCAUCAACAGUCAACACCUCAAACUCAUCAACAACCACCACCUCAAACCCAUCAACAACCAACCUCUCAAACUCAUCCGCAAGCAACAUCUCAAUCUCAUCAACAACCACCUUCGCAGCCACAACAGCAACCACCACCCCAAUCUCAUCAACAUCCUCCAUCUCAAACUCAUCCACAACCUCCACCUCAAUCUCAUCAACAACCACCACCACCUCAGUCCCAUCCACAACCACCACCUCAGUCCCAUCCACAGCCACCACCUCAGUCCCAUCCACAACCACCACCUCAAACUCAUCAACCACCACCACCUCAGCCCCAUCCACAACCACCAUCACAAACUCAUCAGCAGCCACCACCACCUCAAUCUCAUCCACAACCACCAUCUCAAACUCAUCAACCACCACCACCUCCUCAAACUCAUCAACAACCAACACCUCAACCUCAUCAGCAACCACCUUCACAGCCACAGCAACAACCACCGCCUCAAUCUCAUCAACAACCACCACCACAAACUCAUCAACAACCACCACCACCUCAGUCCCAUCCACAACCACCACCUCAGUCCCAUCCACAACCACCACCACAGUUCCAUCCGCAACCAUCACCUCAAACUCAUCAGCCGCCACCACCUCAGCCACAUCAACAACCACCAUCUCAAUCUCAUCAGCAGCCACCCCCUCCAUCUCAUCAACCACCACCUCAAUCUCACCAACAACUACCACCUCAAUCCCAUCCACAACCGUCGCCGCAACCUCAUCCCCCGCCACCUCAAUCUCAUCAACAAUCACCAUCUCAAUCUCAUCAACAGCAAUCGCAUCAGCAAACAGCUCCUCCAACGUCUUCACAGCAACAGCAAUCUAGUACUACUAGCGCUACUGUACCAGUGACAGUAAGCGCAACUCAAAACAUACCAAACAUGCCUCCAGUAUCUUCACCUGCACCUCCGUUACACAAUCCUCAUCAGCAAGGAAUGCUAUCUAAUCAUACUAUGUCACCGCAUCAAACAUCUCAAGGAACCCAAGGAACGCAGGUUCUUCCUCCUCAAGGACCAGUAACUAAUCCACACACAUCGCCCAUAAUACCACCUAAUCAAGGAUAUGGCCAACAAUAUCAACCAGGACCUGGUCCACAGCCACAAAAUGUGCCGCUUGCCCCAAGACCUCCACAUCCUUCUUAUACUUAUUCACAACAGCAACCAUAUCAUCAACCUUACCCACAAUAUGCUCACCCGUAUUAUCAUCAACCAUAUUCUCAAUAUUCACCACAUACUAUGAGCCGUCCUCAUACGCACAGUCCUCAUAGUCCACACAGUCCUCAUUAUCAUCCACAAUCCCCUCAUACCGUAGGAGAAAGUAAUGCAGCUAAUAACAGUGUAUCUGGUUCAGGUACUACUUCUGGUUCUACUCCUGAUAGUAAUAAUUCAUCCUAUUCUCCAGCAUCAGGGCAUUGUGAAAAUGAACGUACUACUGCUCCUGACAGUCAGGAGUCUUCUACUGAUAUGAAAUCAGGCUCUGUGUAAAGCAUAUUUUCCUCUUUUUUCUCAUUUUUUAUUUCUUUCAUUUCUUUAUCCAUUAUCAUGCUUUCAUUAUAAAAAAAAUGGCACAUUUAAGUAAACAUAACAUAAAAAUAAACAUAAUAGAUUAUAUAAUUUGUAUAAUAAAAAUAUGUAAUCUUUUAAUCAUCUAUUGUAAAUUGCUAUGACGGUCUACAAUACAAGAUUAUAUUUAAAAACAACGAGUUUAUUCAUAUAAUAUGUAAAUCUUAUUGAUAUACAAUUUAAAUGCUUAUUACAAUAUUUUCCUCUUACUUCACAGGCUUCAUUUGCCAUAAUCCAUCAUUCAAAUAAUGACAAUUCUCGAUUCCUACUCCUUUAUUCACUUUGGCACUGUAAAUCAUAUUUUAAUACAACCAUGUCGAUAUAAACAUGAUGGAAAAGGUAUAAAUGCUUAAUCCAAAGUAACAAUACAGAACCAGAUCACUACUUACAUAUCUUCUGUUGAUAGAGUAGUUACUCCCACUGCUAAAGCAUGCUGCUUUCCUUCUGCCAUAACUGCCUAGUUGCUUGUUAAGUUUAUACAUAAUAUUUUAUGGAUAAAACUAUCAAAUUUAUAACGUUAUACGGAACAUCAAGAUUAUAAAAAAAAAAAAAAAAAAAAAAAAAAAAAUUCAUGCUACUUUGACUCAAAAAGAAACAAAAAAUGUGCCAUUCAAAUUAUCAAUUUUUCUUUUUAAAAGAUUUACUAUUAAAUAAUCUAUAUUAUCUUAUAUAUAUAUAAGGAUACAACAACGGUUCCCUUCUCUACUGGCGUCAUUCUUGCACCCUUUGACGUUAAACCAGGACACAUAAUAUUUGCACCGCUAAGUACAAAUCUGAUUGCUCCUUUAUCGACUUGUUCCAAUGGUAGAAAGAACGGAUCUUAAAAGAUUAAAAAUUUUACAAUAAACAUUUAACAAAAUACUUAUCUUUUGAAUGUCUAUAAUGAUGAUAUAAAUGUUCUAAUAAUGUUAAAUUAUCUUACAUUUGUGUAAUAACCUUAAUGUAGGCAUCCAUGGGCCUUCACGUUGUCGAAAGAACAAAAGUUCUCCUGCUGCGUUGACUAUAAUUUCUAUGUGAUCAUGACUAUGAUCGAAACAUUGUACCUUUGUUAAUUUAUAUUCAUCAAUAUACAAAUUUAUGAAAUAAUAUAUAUUUAUGAAAAAUCUUA